CACGAUGCUACCGUUGAUAUGUAUCUCUAUCCCAACCGGGCCGAGGAGAAUUCGAUACUUAUAAGAACGAGCAUUCCGCUCUUCAUUCCAUAGCUACAUCAUCACCUCGAAAGAAUCCCAUUCACACACUUUCUCCUCAAUUAUAUUAAUCAAUAAUACUUCAUUCUCUUCAAUCGAAAGUCAAACACAAUGCAUUUCAUCACCCUUACACCCCUUCUCCUCCUGUCCGGAGCUCUCACCGCCGCAGUCGUGGAACGUAACGGCGACCAUGACUACAAUGACAUGGACGACAGUUUCAACAUCUUCAAAGAUUCCAACUCCCGCUGGGAAGGGGCCAUCUGCAAGAGUGAAAUCACAACUAAGCAAUUCCCAACCCUGACGACUCCACCCAACUUCCGAGGUGGAUGCGUUCGUUACUUCCAAGGCAUCGAUAUGACUGGCGUCGUUACCGAAGUCGACAUUUUCUUCCCCACGGUCAAGACAGCCUGCGACUGCAUCAGCCUCUGCCUCAGCGCCCCAACCACCUGCACAAACUGGGUCUUCAAACACACCAAUAACCCCGCUAAGGACUCAGGUCGUCGAUCCUGCACACUCUACUCCUCACCCAACCUUCCCACGGAUGUCACUCUUGGCUACAACUUGACAGACAGCAUCGGCUUUCAGCUACUGCAAGCAAUGAAUAAUCCUCAGGCUGGCGGCGGAGCACCGACUACCGUGUUGGACAAUGGGAAUCCAGACCCCUUUGGCGUCAGCGGGUUCUUGACACAAGAUGUUAAUGGGAAGUUGUAUUGUUAAGUGGUGGGUGGCACGGUACGGAGACUGUGGAUGUGCUUGGGGAAAAAGGGGGUCACUCGGUUAAAUGAUGUGUGCGUGGGUAGGUGGUAACACAUCUGCGUUGAUUGGGCGUCGAUCACGGAAGGAGUUCUUAACAAACAGUAAUAUGAUUUUCU